GGCCAAAGUUUGUUAUUUGUUUACCAUCACGAUUCAUCCUAAAAUUAUUUCCAUCCGCGAAGUUCUUCAUACAAAUUUUAACAUAUAAUUAUAAUUUACACAAAUUUGAGUAGUCAAUUUGUUAUGAAAUGCCUGCGUCUUGCUGUAUUCCCGAUUGUGAUCUGAAAUACGCUCAUGCCGAAGAUGUUUCCUAUCACAAGUUCCCUCUGAAGAAGCCAGAACUGCUCGAGAAGUGGAUUCAAUUUACUGGCCGUGGUCCCGACUGGAUUCCCACUAAAUGGAGUGCCGUGUGCAGUCGGCAUUUCAAGCCGACCGAUUUCAAGGAUUGUGUGUACAGGAAAAAUCUCAUCAGCACAGCAGUUCCUUCACUUCGGAUAAAAUGCCAAACUCCGAUUGCUGCCUACAUUGAACAGCCGAAGACUGAUGAGGCGAAGGAAUGCGUUAAAAGUGUCCUCGAACAGUCGACGAUCCUUCAGGCUGAUGUUCCACAGCAUUCGGAUUCGAAUGAUCAGAUAGACACAGACCACGAAGAUCUAUAUGCAGGGGAAGAUCCAAACUUGUUGGACAUAACUUGUAGACUAUGCGGCAUUGUAUUCAGCAAAUGGUGCCAAGGAUUGCUGGUGGAUUAUCGCGUACAUUUUGCGGUCAUUAUGAAAUGCCUUCCGUUCAUGAACUUGGAAAUAAGCUACUUUCCUUCUAAAAUAUGCGGCCACUGUUUGAGGAUGAUCAAUGGGUUUUCGUUGUUCUACGAUAAUGUGGUAAAAGCUCAAAGUGAUUUGGAACUCAAGUACAAUGGGAGGAACAAUCAAGAGCAGGAAACAUUUCAAGCUCCCGAAGAGCCCCCAAGACUGAAAAUCAAGCAAGAACCGUUGAUGAACAUCAAGGAAGAAGCUGUAGAUCCAAGUUCCAGGGCGAAAGAAGUUCAUGCGGAACCUCCAGAAAACACGCUGAUCAUCAAGAACCCCAACGUUACGAAUGACAAGAACAAAAUUCUCUUGUUCAAUAAUCAAAAUUAUGAUGGCCAGCAAUCGAAACAGUUUCGUGAAUCGAAGAACUGUGAAAUCUUAGAAAUUGUGAACUUGUAUCCCCCUAUCGUAGACAUUACGAGUGCCACCAUAAGGGAAGUUCAGCCGUACGAGAUAAUGUUGCCUUCAAUUUCGAACACGGGAUUCCAUCAGCAAUCCGCUCCGCAACUCAUCAAUCUGAAGACGGAGGACACUGCAGAGCCUUACGAAGAUUACGAAGACUAUUCGGGCUACUAUCAAGACUAUCAGUGUGGAUUGUUCACCUUGGAAGAACAUAGCUACUCCAAGCUUCCCAUACAGGCAGACGACAAUAAGGAUGAGAUCUUUCCUCAUCCUCCGGAACCAGACGAGCCCAUUAGCUUCGGUGAUUCGGCCACAAUUAGAGUGAUCCACGUGGAACUACCGCCCGACCAAUCGCAACAUCCGCUUCCACCGAUACUAAAGCAUUCUUGCCAAUCAUGCAACCGAAAAUUUUCAUCCCAUUUAAAACUUGUCAAGCAUCGUACUUUCUCUUGCAACAUUCGACAAACUGUCCAUUUCAAAUGCAUAUUCUGCUCACGGAAAUUCCCUACUCGCAUACAACAGCAGGUUCAUCUUACGUUUUGCUGGAAACGGCUUCAACGAAGAAAACUGUUAUCAAGAAAGGCAGACCUCGCAAAGGAAUCCCGCAAAACAGAGUCCUCACAGGCCAACAAAGCGCAAUCGACCUCGAAUCGCAAAAACGGCAAAGCUCGUCGCCACGAUUGUACGAUGUGCGAGCGGACUUAUUCGAGAUCUUCGAACCUGAAGCGACACUUGGCCAGCCACCGGCCGGUGGAACAGUGGAACCACAAAUGCGGCAUUUGUCAGAAAAUCUUCGAUAAGCUGUUCGAUCUGAAGAAGCACUUCCAGCUGGCGAAGUGUCGAAUCGAGAGCAAGACUGACCCGGAAGAAAGGUCUGAGGAAACUGGGCCUGAAUUGGUGGGGGAUGCCACUCGGUUACUCUACGUAUGUUCCACGUGCAAUAAACAGUUCAAAUCGUACAAUAGCUUGAAGGUGCACGAGAGUAUUCACACAGGUCUCAAAAGCUUCGUCUGUGAUACGUGUGGCAAGCGGUUUGGAGGGCAAAUGAAUCUCAUCCAGCAUCGGCUGACGCACGUGGAUACAAGGCAGUACCGUUGCAAGUUAUGCCCGAAGGUUUUCAAACGGAGCGGUGGCCUCGGCCAGCAUGUGAAGUCGUUCCACAUGAAAAUCAAACCGUACCAGUGUCCUGUUUGCAGGAGAGACUUUGCACUGAAGGCGGACAUGACGAGGUGUCGGCAUUCGAGGUUGAAAGAUUUUGGAUGAUGGGAAAUAUAAUAGAUUAGAAAAAUGAACAUUGUAUAAAUGCAAUAUAUUACAUUGCAAUUAACCCUCUAAACAUUA